CCUGGUGUUGAAAAUGCAGAUCUUUAUAUAUGACAUAAAUCCACCUUAGUAAGACACACAGUUAUAUGCAACAAGCAAAAUAUAAGAUGUGAACUGGCAAGUGUCCGAUGAAAAAUGUUGGAUCUGAGGGACCUAGUGUUGCCUAAAUAAGGUGGAGUGAGGAUCAGAGUUGCCAAACAAACUUCUCGGCGAAUAGCAGGACUUCUGGGAGGAGCCGGGCUGCCUGGAGGCUGAGGGAUCUUCUCAGCAUCUCUCUUGAGCCAGCAAGGGAGCUGUUCUGAUGCCAUGAAAGGGGGGAGAAAAAGAUGCUCACAAAGAAAGAAAAGAAUUGUGAAUUUUUAAGGAUUCUUUUCUUUCAUACUAUAAAUGGCUUCAAGUUAAUAUGCAUCAACAUAAAUUUCCUGUCUGAGCGUCAGGAGGAGUGAACUUUUCUUGUAUGUGAGCCCUCGUGUGUCACCAAGAUGCCAAUCCUGAACCAAGAGUCUUUCAAAGAUUCUGCAAGCGGAGAUGCUCUGCCGAAGCUGCCGCUGCCCACCCUCAGUGAAACUCUGGACAGAUACCUGAGGUGCAUGAAGCAUCUGCUCACUGAACAACAAUUCAACAAGACCCAGAAGAUCGUGAAGCAGUUUGGAGCCCCUGGAGGAGUGGGAGAGCUGCUGCAGAGCAAACUUGCAGAGAGGAGGGGAAAAAAGACAAACUGGGUUUAUGACUACUGGCUAAAUGACAUGUACCUUAACAACAGACUGGCUCUGCCCGUCAACUCAAGUCCUGCAAUGGUUUUUCCCCAACAGAACUUCAAGGCUCCCAUCGACUCUUUAAGGUUUUCUGCACACUUGAUUUCAGGGAUUUUGGAGUACAAGACCUUUCUUGAUGCUCGUGCGCUGCCUUUGGACUAUGCCCGGGGCCAACUCUCUGGAACACCUCUGUGCAUGGAGCAGUACUAUUGCCUCUUCACGUCGUACCGCCUACCAGGGCCUGACAGGGACACACUAGUGGCCCAGGAGAGCAGUGUGAUGCCAGAGCCUGAACACAUCAUUGUGGCCUGUAAGAAUCAGUUCUUCGUUCUUGAUGUGGUGAUCAAUUUUCGUAGACUAAACGAAAGAGAUCUGCUGACUCAGCUGGAAAAGAUAGCCAAGAUGGCCGGCAGUGAGGAUGAACCUGUCCCACCUAUCGGUCUUCUCACUUCAGAUGGGCGGACAGAGUGGGCCGAGGCUCGCAGUGUGCUAAUGAGAGAAUCAACUAACCGAGACUCCUUGGACAUGAUUGAGCGAUGUUUGUGCUUGGUUUGUUUGGAUGAAGCAAGUGGAACUGAACAAAGUGACACAACACGUGCCGCAAUGAUGCUGCACGGAGGUGGGCCUAGCAUGAAUGGGGGCAACCGCUGGUACGACAAGCCAAUGCAGUUUAUUGUAGGAGCUGAUGGCUGCUGUGGAGUUGUAUGUGAACACUCACCAUUUGAAGGAAUUGUUCUUGUGCAGUGCACAGAGUAUCUCCUUAAAUACAUGAUUGCCAGCCCGUCUAAGCUGGUCAGGGCUGCGAGUGUAAGCGAGCUGCCCGCACCACGAAGACUUCGCUGGAAAUGCUCUCCAGAAAUACAAAAACUCCUCUCCUCUUCUGCUGACAAACUUCACAGAGUGGUGAACAAUCUAGACAUGAACGUCCACAAAUUCUCUGACUAUGGGAAAGAGUUUAUCAAGAAGCAGAAAAUGAGUCCAGAUGCCUAUAUCCAGGUUGCUCUACAGUUAGCAUACUAUCGGUGUCAUGGAAGACCAGUGUCGACAUAUGAGAGUGCUUCUACACGUCGUUUUCAGCAGGGCAGAGUAGACAACAUUCGCUCAGCUACACCUGAAGCUUUGGCCUUUGUUAGAGCAAUGACUGAUAGGAAGCUCAUCCCAAGUGACAUGGAAAAGAUGGAGUUGUUACGAUGUGCAAUAAAUGCACAGACAAAGUAUACUGUUCUGACAAUUACUGGGAUGGCAAUAGACAAUCAUCUACUAGGUUUGCGUGAAGUGGCUCGUGAAAUGAAAAUAGAGAAACCUGAGAUCUUCAAAGAUAAAGCUUAUCUCAUCAGUAAUCACUUUAUUCUUUCUACAAGUCAGGUCCCAACCACUGUAGAAAUGUUCUGCUGUUAUGGACCAGUGGUACCAAAUGGAUACGGCGCUUGCUACAAUCCUCAGUCAGACUAUAUCAUCUUCUCAGUGUCCAGUUUCCACGACAGUCUGCAGACGUGUUCAGCACAAUUUGUUAAGUGCUUGGUGCAGGGACUUCAGGAUAUGAUGGAUCUGUGCAAAAGGUGCAACUGUGGCCCCAACCCAUCCGAACAAAGAAAUAAUCCGGCGGUGGAGAUGCAAAUUCAGACAGAAACAAAGGAUAAAACAUCACAGAGAACACCUGACUCAACUAAGAGUAAGCAAAAUGCCCCGGAGGUUCUGGUGAAAAGUCCAGAAACAACUUUUGUGGGGCCCCGAAUCCAGGAAAAAAGGUAAAGAACAAAAGUAAAGCCCAGAAAACUGUGAGUGCCAUUAACAUUACCUGUGGUGUGUUUUGAAACGUAUUCAUGGUGCAAUACUGUACUCUGUAAGAAAUGCACACUGUAACUGUGAUGCCAAAUGUUACAUUGAUGUGUAGUUAUUUUUUGCUGUACCAUGAAAUAUAUACAGACAUCUAAUAAUCUAAUUAUUAUAUUUAGAAGUCAUUAUUUUUAUGGGUAAAGCUUUAUGUCUGUUUUCAAACACAGCAGGAGAUUAAAUAAGUUCAAAUGACCAUUAUAUAUAGAUGGGAAAGAGAACCAUAUUUAUAAAAUGAAUUAUUAUUUUUGCAUAAACUGAGAUGUUUUAGCCAAAGAAAAAAUAUCUCAAAGAACUGCAGAUUAAAAUGAUGGUUUGUUUUUGGGUUACAUGUGAGCAUCAUUUUUUAAAUUAAGCUUGCCCAGGGCUGAGUUAUUGCAACUAUCUGCCUGAUGCAGUCUAAUUGCUCACAGAUAUCUAAUUAUUAAUUUAAGAUUGUUUACUGCAACCUUCAGUAUAAUAUCUGAUUGCUGUCUUUAUCAUUUUUAUUGUAUCCGUAAUGUGCACUGUAGUACUAGAGUCUUCUGAAAUAAGACAUCAUUUGAUCACAUUAUUAUUAUCAUCAUAAUGUGUAUUCUCCGUAUCUCACACUCUGGGACUGGCACUGUGCUUAUGUACAAAUAUAAUCUGAGUUUACAAGAAUUUAAAAGGGAUACUCUUAGUUUCUAUGAGCAGAAAACAUCAUUUAAGUGCUUUAUUUAAUGAAACAAGUUAAGACUAGAAGUUUAAAAUAUAAUUACAUGGAACUUACAAAUCAGAGGUGAUCACUGUGUUUUUCAAUGCUACAGUACUAUAACUGUAAAAUGUAAAAGAUAUUAAAGAGAUUUAAACCAAA